AUGACUCCUCUAAAAUGCUCAAAUACCACUACAAGUUAUUUUAAUCCAGUAAAUUUUCUAUGUGCUUCUUGUAAUCUUGGUGCUGUUGCUAGCAAGGAUCGGUUAUAUUGCACUUGUCCAUUAGGAUUCGUAUUAGUUUCUGAUGGAAGUUGUAAAAAGUGCGAAGAAGGUACGAAUGUUAGCGAAGAUGGUCAAUUUUGUGUGCAGUGUGCAACAGAUGGAACAAAUACUGCUGAGCGAUGUGCAUCAUGUCCGUCUCGAUAUUUUAUGCGAAAAAUAAUUUCCGAAAAUGGUACUAUGAUGGAGCAAAGUUGUGCACAGUGCCCAAAUAAUACUAAAGUUUCACAAAGUGGUGACACUUGCAUACCGUGCCUGCAAACAGAUAAAAACUGCGACUGCCAUAAUGACAAGAUGUGCAAGAGAAUUGAAAUAAAUGGCAUCUCAAUUAUUGAAUUAGAAAGUGGUUCUGAGCGACGUUCAAAAUAUAUUGCUAUGAGCAUUGGAAACGUUGUACAAAAUUGUUUGCAUGGACAUUCACAAGCUUGUCAGCAUUUAGCGAAUCUGUGUGUGCUACAAAAUUAUCGGAUUCAGCAACUUUCAACUUGUACAGAAUUUCAGAAAUUAUUCCCUUCUAAUGCCCAUAAA